AUGAUUUCAUUAAUAUUUUUAUUUCUAAUAUUAUUCACAAAUGCAGUUGAAAGUGGUUCCGUGGCAUUAUGCAAAGAUUUAAAGACCUGCGAAACUUGUUCUGAAUCUCAUAUUUAUGUACUCGGCUUCAAAGAAUAUUGCAGAUGGUGCGUCGAAUCGCAAACUUGUGGAGGACCGUUCGCAUGUACGCCUGGUAGUGGUAUUGUGCAACGAGAGGCUUUUAUGUGCCCAACAAAGGUAUCAAAUGAGAAAGGAAAACGUUAUACUGAUAAACUUGGCCGAUCACUUUAUACUCUAGUAUUAGCCGUUAAAGAAAGCGAUCCAGUGGAGUGCUUAGCAAAUAGUCGACCAGACAUAAAGUUUAGAUAUGAAGUUGAAUGCGACCAAUCGCAUAAUUUAUGUGCCGGAAUGCUGGUUGUAUCUGAGGCAGCAAAGAGUAUUUAUAUCGUAUAUAAAUCAUCAAAUAUGGAUAAACAAUUGCUUACUGAAUUUAUCCAUAGCAUUGCUGCACAACUUGGCGCAUGGGAAAAGUUUGAAUCUGGUGGAGGAAUUAUGACAUAUUUUCAUGGAGAAAAAUAUCCGGGUUAUAAAAUUUGGGUAAGUCGCGAAAUUGUUCAAAACCAAAUUAUUCAGGUGACAGGACAUUCAUUGGGUGGUUCAUUGGCAUCUAUAACUGCUUUAUAUCUUGCAAAUAAUACAAUAUUUCCUGCGAAUAGAAUCCGCUUGGUGACCUUCGGUGAGCCUAGAACUGGUAAUGUAGCUUUUGCUAGAGCAGUGGAACAACAAGUACCAUUCAGAUAUCGGAUCGUCCACCGAAAUGACCUUGUGACGAAUGUACCAGCUUCAAUGGAUCCAAAUAGUCUGCUCGUUACAAAAUCUAUGGCAGAACGACAGCCUUAUUUCUAUCGCCACCUUAUACAUUACGAUAAUGAUAUGGAUAAAGGAGAUUCAUUCAAAGAUUAUGGCUGUCGGAAUUUGGCUGCAGCAUCAAAUGUUCUCGAUCACACCAGCUAUUUCAAUAUUAAUGCUGAUGAGUACCUGAAAAACAAAUGCACAGCAAAUAUUCUCGAAUGA